AUGCCUCAAGGAACUGUGGAUUACUUGCAAGAAAACAAUGUUCCUGAAUCAUACAGGGAUAAGAUCUUGAAGUGGAAUGGCUGGGGAUAUGCCGAUUCUUACUUUAAGCUUAAUGAGAAAGGACAAGUGACUUUCACUGGAAACAAGUAUGAAAUGUCUGGAGACGUCUUACCUCACCUUAGACCUUGGUUUGAAUCUAACUUGGGAAUUGAUUUGGACUACAAAACUCCAAGCCAACGUAUCGAAGAUUUCGAAAUUCCUGCACCUCAGGAAUGUGUGGACGAUAUUCAUGAACACCUGAGAGAGAGUAAUAUCAGCUUUUCAAAUGCUCCCAGAAUCCGACUUAUGAGAGCUCAUGGUCACACGGUGCAUGACAUGCUCCAUCUUCGUCAUGGUAAGUUCAACAAGAUGCCAGAUCUGGUCGUUUGGCCCAAGUCGAUAGAAGAUAUUAGCAAGAUCAUUGACGCUGCACAAGCAUGUAACUGUAUCAUUAUUCCAAUCGGAGGAGGAACCUCCGUCUCACAGGGUUUAGAAGCUCCUGAAACCGAUAAUCGGUUCUUAAUUUCGCUGGAUAUGGCUUUGAUGGAUAAGAUUCUAUGGAUUGACAAGCAGAACUUGACCUUCCGUGCUCAAGCUGGAAUCGUUGGUCAAAAUUUGGAGAGACAGUUAAACCAACAAGGAUUCACUUGUGGGCAUGAACCUGAUUCAAUUGAAUUCAGUACACUUGGUGGAUGGAUCAGUACAAGAGCAAGUGGAAUGAAAAAGAAUAAAUAUGGAAAUAUCGAAGAUCUCGUUGUUCAUAUAACUUUUGUAUCACCAAAGGGAGUUAUGGAGAAGCAAUGCCAAGUUCCCAGAAUAUCCAGUGGUCCAGAUCUUCAUCAUGUCAUCAUGGGUUCAGAAGGCAUAUUAGGUGUUGUAGCCGAAGUUACUCUUAAACUAUUCCCACUCCCACCAGUUAAACGUUACGGUUCUAUUGUAUUCCCUGACUUUGAACAUGGUGUCAGAUUCUUCAGAGAAGUAGCCAAGAGAAGAAUUCAACCAGCAUCUCUUCGUUUGGUCGAUAAUGAGCAGUUCAUUAUGGGACAAGCUCUGAAAACAGCAGCUUCGUCCUACUGGGCUGGAUUGAAAUCAAAUAUGAGCAAGUUCUAUGUCACAUCUUGGAAAGGAUUCAAGGUUGAUGAAAUGGUGGCAGCUACAUGCGUCUUCGAAGGAACGCGUGAAGAAGUUGAUAGCGCAGAACAGAACUUGUAUGAGUGUGCUUCUCAUUUCAAAGGAAUUGUUGGCGGAGAAGAAAAUGGAAAGUACGGUUAUCGUCUCACUUUCGCUAUCGCUUAUUUGAGAGACUUAGGUAUGGAAUAUGGAGUAGUUGGAGAGUCUUUCGAAACCUCUGUGCCUUGGGACAAAGUAUUAAAUUUAUGUCGCAAUGUAAAACAACUCAUUCGUGAGAAAGGCAAGAAGCUGGGUGUUCAAUACCCCGUUCUAUCCAGUUGCAGAGUUACGCAAGUAUAUGAUUCGGGAGCUUGUGUCUAUUUCUAUUUCGGUUUCAAUGCUCGUGGUUUAUCAAACGCUCUUCAAGUUUAUGAUAUAAUCGAGACAGCAGCUCGUGAUGAAAUAAUUGCAUGUGGAGGUAGUAUAUCGCAUCACCACGGUGUUGGAAAAAUUCGUAAACAAUGGAUGUUGACAUCGCACGGUGCUAUUUCGCUCGCUGUUAUGAAAGCUAUAAAGACUGAGCUCGAUCCUGCCAACAUAUUCGCCAGUGCCAACUUGUUCGAUAUAAUCGGCUCAGCGCAUUCUAAAAUUUGA